CGACUCUGAUCGCGUCCUGCGUCAUUUGCGCGUCGGAGAGGAUCAGAUUCGUUGGGCGUUGUCCUUCGCUGGUUUCCUGGAGUGUUUCCGUCGUCGUCCGUCAGAUUCUCGAGUGUAAAGGCAUCAGCUCUCGCGAGUGUAGCGCAGUUUACCGCUUCAGAAGAAGAUCACCCAGCCAGUGUCCCACAGUGUGCCGCAGUGUGUGCGCCCGUCUGUGAACCGCUUCGACAUGUUCCGAUUUGUGCUACUAUCAACGCUGGCGCUGUUGGGGGCGGCCAGCGCCCAGUACGGCAACGGCGGCUACCACCGUGACCCGAAGACGGCCGCCAUCCUGAGCGAGCAGCGGUACCUGUCCGGGGACGGCAAGUUCGGGGCCGCCUACACGCAGGAGGACGGCACCGACUUCAAGGAGGAGACGGACGCGGACGGUAACCGGCGCGGGUCGUACAGCUACGUCGACCCGACUGGCCAGCGCAGGACCAUUUCCUACGUCGCCGGCAAGAACGGAUUCCAGGCCUCGGGAGACCAUCUGCCGGUAGCCCCGCCCGCCCCGGCCCAGCCGGCCCCGCAGCCCCAGCAGCACUACCAGGCGCCGCAGCCCCAGAACUACGGUGGGGCCGGAGGCCGCAGCUACGACGAUGACGGUCAGUACGAUCCGCGCUGGAACGACCCGAACUUCAGCCAGAACCAGUACUCGGCCCCGGCCCCGGUCCCGCCGCCGGCACCCGCCCCGCAGCAGCACUACCACCACCAGCAGCCGGCGGCGCCAGCCCCGCAGUACCAGCAGCAUUACGCGCCCGCCCCACAAGCUGCCCCGGCGUGGACCACCACCCCGGCCCCGCACCGCUUCCAGCCCCCGGGCAAGCUGCAGCUGAACCGCACCCCGGACGGCUACAGCUACACCUUCAACAAGGUCUAGGAGGUGCUGGAGAGGAACCCCGGACGUAGACGUAGAGCAGCAGGGAGCAGCAGGGAGCGAAAGGAAGCUGAAAUCCCCACCCCACCCCACCCGCUCAACCCACACCCAGCACACACCCUCACACUCCCCUACCUCUCUCCCUCUGUAUCCCGCUUUGUUUGGUGGGCGGUCGGACACUGCCCCCCAGUUUUUGUUUUGUGAUAUAUGCAGAGGGUCCCCUGUGCCCCCCUCCCCCCCCCUCCCUCUGGUCGUCCCUAAUCCGAAAUCCUGGCUCCCCCCUUCUAACCCGCACACACAGCGACUUUCCCUUUAGCCCUCUGUAUACAGAGAGUGUGAUACUUGUACACAGGUAUAGGAAGGGUUCAGACACUCAGACCAAAGGGGAAUACCGACACUCACGCGGGCGGGGGGUGCCGUGGGAAAGACCACUAGCGGAAGAACUAGCGGAAGUAGAGGACCGAGACCACGGCGCACCACUCCUCGGGGAGGGUGCGUUUCUGUGGAGAACUCAAAAACAAUCAACCCAAUCAGCAGGGAGGAAGCAAUCAGAAAAUCAGAUCAGCUGGCUCAGGAGUAGGAGCUGACACACUGGAGAAAUAUAAACCACUUGACUCUAGC